GGGGAGGCGGGGUCAAAGUUUGGAAACUUUGUGUUCCCCGGCGAGGAGGAGCCGAAAGCGACUCUGAACUUGCCUGUUGGUUAAUAAAAUGGAUGAACAGCCACAAGGCAUGCAAGGCCCACCAGUUCCACAGUUUCAGCCACAGAAAGCUUUACGACCGGACAUGGGCUACAAUACAUUAGCCAACUUUCGAAUAGAAAAGAAGAUUGGGCGUGGACAGUUCAGUGAAGUUUACAGAGCUACCUGUCUUUUGGAUGGGGUACCUGUAGCUUUAAAAAAGGUUCAGAUAUUUGAUUUAAUGGAUGCCAAAGCUCGUGCUGACUGCAUCAAAGAAAUUGAUCUCCUUAAGCAACUGAAUCAUCCAAAUGUAAUUAAAUAUUAUGCUUCAUUCAUUGAAGAUAAUGAAUUAAACAUCGUUUUGGAGUUGGCAGAUGCCGGUGACCUGUCUAGAAUGAUAAAGCAUUUUAAGAAGCAAAAGAGAUUGAUUCCUGAAAGGACGGUUUGGAAAUAUUUUGUUCAGCUCUGCAGUGCAUUGGAACAUAUGCAUUCUCGGCGAGUCAUGCAUCGAGAUAUAAAGCCAGCUAAUGUGUUUAUUACGGCCACCGGUGUAGUGAAACUUGGAGAUCUUGGACUUGGUCGUUUUUUUAGCUCCAAAACCACAGCCGCUCAUUCUCUAGUGGGUACACCUUAUUACAUGUCUCCAGAGAGGAUACAUGAAAAUGGAUACAACUUCAAGUCUGACAUCUGGUCUCUCGGCUGUCUACUCUAUGAGAUGGCUGCCUUGCAAAGUCCAUUCUAUGGUGACAAAAUGAACUUGUAUUCUCUGUGUAAGAAAAUAGAACAGUGUGACUACCCACCUCUUCCUUCAGACCACUAUUCAGAGGAACUUCGGCAAUUAGUUAAUAUGUGCAUCAACCCAGAUCCUGAGAAGCGGCCAGACAUAACCUAUGUUUAUGAUGUAGCGAAACGGAUGCACGCCUGUUCCGCCAGCAGUUAAAGUCGGGGCCUAUCAUGAAGAAUCAAACCUUAAAUAUUUUCAAGUAUUCUUGUGCAAAUUAUACCUCUUACCUUUUGUGUGUGUGUCUGUGUGUUAAGAUUAGCUUUUUAAGAACCGACUGAUGUGCUUUGAAUCCUUAACCAAUUUUCAUAUAAAUUUCUCUUUAUACCCAUUUUUAUUCUGCCCACUUGCUCAAAAUUUUUGGGGGGAAGAUACUGAUUGUAUAAGUGAUGGGAUGCAUUGGAUCCUGAAAGAUUAAGGAUUUUUUUUUCCAAUCAGUUUGGAGCUUUCCUAAUGAUCAAAUUAUAUUCAUCUAGAAAUCCAAGGCUAGUAUGCUGAAGUUGCAAUUGAAAUAUGAAACAAAUUGCUAUAAGCAAACUUUCUGAAAUUGCCUAUUCACUAUUAGCAAACUCGUUUUUGUAAUUAUUUUACUACACUUAAUUUAAAGGUGUGAGAUUUUGUUUUUCUCCACCCUUAGUUUAUAGUUUUUAAUUUAAAAUUUGCUUCUCAAGCUCUAUGUGGACAUAAACUAUUCAAAACUUCUUAGCUUCCAUUUUCAAAAUGCAGCUGAUAAAUGUGAAAAAAAGUUCUGGGACAAAAAUGUAAGUCAGACACUGAAGAGUUGCUAUAUUCUCUAUCUUGUCCUUGUCGUAGAAUGAUAUAAAUAGAUAUAGAUAAAUUGGUUAAGGAUUUAUCUGGCUUGUGUGAUAUUCAUUUUGCAAGUUGCACAUUGCUUCUUGUGUAUUUUCAUAGCUCUUUGUACAAUAUUUAAAAAUUAUUUGAAUAGCCUGGCAGUGCUGUAUUGAACUCCUUUAAAAUUUAAAUACAUUUUUAUCCAUAAGUACAUUGACAUAACUCUGCACUAUAAUGCAAGUAUGUUUUUACUCAUAUUUUUCUUGAUGUUAGAUCUCUCUCCUUCAGAAAUAUUUUUUAUAUCCUACUACAGUUGCCUUAUUUAUGUAAAAAUGUAUUUUAUUCUGUGAUACUUCAGUUGUGUAGUGUAUGUGCUGAUUGCCCUUUUAAAGUAUAUAUUCAGUUACCAAUAAUUCUCCUGUGUUGAACAGCAAGCUCUUUUACCAUUUAAUAUUAGUAAUUGUGGAUGUCUGAAUGAUUAUUUUGUUUCAAGGAGGAGAAAGGCCACGCCUUGUUCUGCACCUUUAAAUGUUGAUGGCAGUAGCUUAAAUUUCAUUUAAUUUUGAAUUGUACAUUUUCAGUGUGCUAAAAAAUAGUAGAUCCAGAAUUUUCCUGGAUUGUUGGAGAAUAUGGGAGACAAUUGAAAGUUUCCACUUAGGUAAAAAGGAAAACUGAACAUGAAGCAUGUAAAUGUGAGUAAAUCCUGAUAUACAUUUGAUUUAGAUCAAACUUCCACGAGUUUGAUCUACUAUAUAAAGAAGACAUUGCUCUCACAAAACUAUGACCUGGUGUAGCAUGUCAGCUGAUUUCGGAGGGAAUAAAUAGGAGAAUCUCCUGUUUUAUUAUAAUAGAAUUUUAUUUUACACACAUGUGGAUUAAUUUGCAACCAAUAAGUGCCACAUUUCCCGGUAAACGUGUAAAAUUUCAAAUCAGCUCACAUUCACAAACCGUUUAUCUGCCUAAAAUGUUUUACUUUUUUACAGUUUGGUUUAGGAAAUAUGAAUUUCAGUGUAGACUCCAUUCUAAAUUUUUUUCCUUUGCUGAUUUGAGUACCGAAUGUAAUUGUUUUCGUUUUGCCAUGCCUUUUAUGUUUUGCAGCCUUUACACUGAACAUCAUGGGAGUAUAUUGAGAAUUGUAAAUGGAAUUGUUGAGUUGACCGCUGAUGAAAUUCAUUUUUUAUUGUAGUAAAAUCUAUUCAGAUGAACUCUUCUAAGAUUGGUUGAAUCCGGAGCUCUUCCAUUUCUUGCAAGCUUUUUAAUGAUUUCUAGAUUGUUUAGAAAUCUGCAGAGAUUUCUUAUCUUGCCCAUACGUAGUGACUUCUAGUGUAAACCUUUUGGAUUGUGUUUUAUAAUCCGUCUGCUAGAAGGAAGCAGUAUAGAAUGGAGAUACCGAUUGCCACAGACCGUGAGAAUGUAGCAAAAGCUGUACGGUUGAAAUUACUUGCCUUCCCUUGGCUUCCAUUAAAUGUGCCUGCUAUUUUUCUGAAGAAACAACCCUGUUGAAAGAUAAAUUCUGAAAGGAAUACUUUUAAAGAUACUUAUGAAGCUGAUUUAAGAUUUGGUUUAAUUUCCGUAUGCCCUGUAAAAAUAUCCGUGACUCUCUAUUCUUCUUUAUUUUGGGACUGUAGUUUUGACUAAACGCAAACAGUUACGUUUAUUUUGGAAGUAAUAAAAAUCAAUGGUACAGCUGGUUCUACUACAAGUAUAGAUAUUGGUACCAGUUCCCCUAAAAAAAUAAAAAAAUUGGGGGUAGCAUUUUCUUUUAUACUAAGGUUUACGAAGGGUGAAGGAAGCUUGCCCCUAUUUAAAUAAAGUACUCAGCAAUAUGUAAUGAUUGUAAAUUUAGUAGAGACUAUUAUAAGUAUCUCAUGAAUACCUUACCUUUAAAAUAGUACCUAUUACAAAACACCAGAUUGUGCAGGUGUUGCCUUUAAUUGUACCACGAUAUUUAUUUUAACCAAAAUGUUAUUUGCAUUCAAUGUUUACUCUUUAAGAUGAAUGUAAUAUGUUUAUAACCGACAAAUGCAUAAUUAUUAUAUGACUCCUAUUUCAAUAGUACUGUACUAUGACCUGCCUUUGUGAAUUAUUUUACUUUGUUAUGCUUUAAAUGCACAUGCUAAAAAGAAUCAGUCUUGGAAACUGUAUAAUAACCUAAUAUAAAUAAAAAAUUUAAAAAUUA